AUCAAGUGAUCACCAAAAUAUUCCCACAACAUAUUUACAACAUCUUUGCAAAGGAUCUUGGAGGCGUCAUCAGUCUAUAAGUAGCACUCAGCUUAUGCAUCAGCUUCUCCUCGAUAUCUCUCCUUUCGCUCCCAAGUCCUCUUCAGCUCAACUCCCUCCAGGUCAUGACCCAGAAACGCAGGUACUAUGCUGAUAGUUGGUAUCAAAAACCAACCAACAAACGAAACCGAUAUCACCAACAACCUCAGCAGAGAUACAGCCAACACCAACACCAAACUCGCCAAGGAACCACUAGUGUCGAUCCUGCAAAUUGUGCCCGAGAAUUCGAACGGCUCUCUCUCUCUCAUCAAAACUUCCCUCCAUUAAAAUCCGGAACACAAGAAAAACUACCAUCGACACAUAGAUCUCAACCACCUCCAUCGACUACACCGAGCCAUACCAUCUCCAACCCUUCUAACGCUGUCAACCAUCAGAAUAUUCGUAAUCACCAAGCCUUCCCUGGAAAGUCUUACAAAUUUCAUAACGGCUGGACCGAGGUUGUAAAACGUGGGAACCAGCACAGUGGAAACCGCCAUCAGAUGACUGGAUCCCGGAAUCCAUGGAAUCCUAAUCAACCACUCAACAACAACCCUCCAUCGACCUCCUCUCAACCUUUCACUCGACAUUCUUCCAGGCCCAUCGCAAAAUUGCCACAGCGUGCAACACUCCAAUCUGAUAAUCGCUUUGCCGUCCUGGGCUCCCCUCCGAUCGAUCAAGACCAACUUGGAGUACCCCGCCAAUCUAACGCCCGGAUGCCCAAGCUACCAACCAAGCCACCCGGAUUGAGAAGACAACAGAACUACCCCCUGGUGAUCAAUGAUGAAGGCUAUCAGAUCGACAUCGUACUAGACACCAAUAUCCUACUGGCUUAUCAGCAUUUCUUACGAGCUCUGAUACCCCUUCUGGGCUCAAACUGUCGUCUUUUAGUUCCGGCGGCUGUCCUCAACGAGCUAGAUCUCCAAAAGACUCGCCAACAUCUGGUCGAGGUUUUCGAGGCUGGCAGAUGUUCUUCUCAACAGACGAUGGGCUCCUUGGCAAGGCAAGUAACAAACUGGUUACUCGAUCUCGUCAAACUCGGUUCCUCAAGGGUUGUGCUCCAAAAACUUGAAGAGGAGUCAGAAGAAGACAGACGAGACAAGGACCCGGACACCAGAAUACUCACAUACGCCAAUAAUCUUCAUCUUCGAGCGAAGACCAAUCAUCCGGGAACGGUGAUAGCUUUGCUAUCCAAUGAUAAUAUGUUGCGCUUGCGAGCGCAAUCUGAAGGUAUCUGUUCUGUAGCCAUGGCAGACUUUCGACACAGCCCUCGUCAAUUAGUUGGCUAUAUCCGCAAAAUCGUUCCUGAUCCUAGGAAUCCAGCAAUCUCGACUCCCUCUAACCCCUCGCCGCUCAAUCAUUCGCAUCCACCCGAAGCAAUCACUCCAAAGCUCAAUUCAACGAUUAAAGCGAGUCAACCCUCUUCCAAUUCUUGCGUGCUCUCAGGCCAAGAUGGGCAGUUCACCUUUACAUCCCUCUUACCAAGUACUAGCCAGCAGCCCUCGGGAUCGGCCAAUCGGAGCAACCAGAUCACUUCAGAACCACACCUUCCCUCAGCCCAAGGUCGACAGUUAAUCUUCACCUCCCUCUUGCCGAGUAGUAGCCAGUCAUCACCCGUCGGGCCUGAUCAAGAAUUGAUUCGACUCAAAUUUCAACUCCAGCGGGCUCGUCCAUGUCAAAGCUGCAAGUCUGUCAUCGAAACCACUCCGCCGGUCUCGCCGGAUCAGAUUCAUCAUUACUGCCCGAUGUGUUGCGAGGUCAUUUGCAAGGGAUGCAUGAAUGUCACCGGAUGCGACUGGAAUUGUUCAGGACCGUUUCAUGGACAGGAUUGUCCAACGAUAAAAUGCUGCGCCACCGGUCGAGCAGCAAUCUGGAUCGAGCUGUUAGGGCAACUUGAUACUUGCUUCCUAAUGAAUCAAUACAAGAUAUCUUUCAAACAUGGUCCCAAGAUAACUCACCUUUACGGCGACGAAGCUUUGGUCGAGUAUAUGAACGCCGCAAACGGCUUGUUGACCGCUAGUGGAGAGGAUGACGAGCGCUUGGGCUUUCUUGGAUCUAUACUCAUCAGCUCAACAUUGAUCGAUGUUCUCAGUCAGACAUUUCUAUGUUCUCCCCUCUUGAGUUGGCACUUUCGCUCGGAACUAUUUCUGAGCACAAUCAGUGUGGUUCAAGGAAUUCUCCGGAAGCUCGCUCAGCCUUGGAAGAUCCUCAACUCGGAAUUCGUCAAAUCAAGCACCACUGGUAUCUCUCCUCUUGAUCAUCGGCAGCACAAAAUAAUAUGGAAUAAGAUCUCUGAAAAGGAUCAUCGACCUAAUUCGACUGAAGCGAAACUCGAAAAGCUACAAGACUCGUUCCCCGGUUUGAUGGCUGAUGUUGAGGAAAUUCUUCAUAAUCGACCCGCAUCGACUUCAGCCACGAUUCGGGACUUAUUGGACAAUGCGGCCUACGUACCCCUCUGUUAUGUGUUGGAGCAACUAUUUCGAUUAGCUAUCGAGAUGGAAACAGGACAAUCGGAUCACUCGGUCACGCUGCCAGGCGAUAUUCAAGUGACAGUCCCACUCUCCAGUGAUUUAGUCCGGAUGACUAGCGCGUUGUUGGACCUGCAAAUCAUUUACGAAUCUCACCUUAGUAACCAGACGUCGAAUACAGACCCAAACAACGGGACCGCUGACGAUCAACCAACAGAAAGAUCCCAACGUGCGGGACGCGAUGCCAACAAACCGCAAGGAAGUCCAGUGGAUGGUCCUGGGGCCAAAGGAGUCGGUAGUACCGUCAGAAAAUCGGCCGAUUCCUCGCGCGUCACAGCUGGAAAUAGCGGUGAAGGUCGAUCCAACUCGAAAGGAAAGAACAAGCUCGAUCGACAAGAAACAAGUGACGAGAAAACUAACAGGCUGGAUUCUAUGAUUAAACGGGCGAAUCGUGAAGAGGGUUGUUCAAGAGAUAAAACCUCAGAUGAGAGCCAAAAGAAAUGCGCGGGUCAAGAGAAGAAUCAAAAGACUUCAAGCAGAAAAGCAAACGGCACCAGAUCAAGAUCUCAAACAGACACUCAAGGUGAUGGGGAAGACUGGGAUGAAUCGGAAACAGGUUCAGACUCGAGUUCCUCAGUCACCAAGGUUUCUGACGAUGUGGAUGGAUUGUCGAUAUCAUCACAUGGCAGUGAAAGUGGUGAUGAUACAUCCGAUGUUGUUAUCCUCAAUUAGACAGCUAUAGACCCCCUUUUCUUGUUUACUAUCAGCGGAUCUGCUUCUAUAUAUUUAUUACCUCUUUUUUUUCUGCCUGCCACACUCCAUAGAAAAUGGCCGCCACUUGUUCUUGUCGUUUUUUUUUUGUUUGCUUAAUUUGUUCUUGAUCUAUUUUUUUUUCUUAUGAGAUAUAUCCAAACUUAUACCUAUCUGUGCUCAAAAUAUGAUGAGAAAUCUCGUGUUUUCUAAUCUUUGUCUUUCAACUUGCUGCGAUAAUCGUCAUUGUAGUAAUAAAUUCACAUUGAGGCCGUG